AUGGCUUCCCUCCGAACUUCAGCUCUUCCAGCCUUGACGGGAUUGAUGGGUACCAUGGGCAUCGUGACUGGGCUGUACAGCUUCAGGGCUCCAGUCGAUGCCGAAACACUGUUUGGCAUCCUCGUCCCGUCUUCGGUCAAUGCAUCCAAAGAACUCUCGACCUGGCAGCACGCGCAGACCUAUACCCGCGGCCUCCGCAACUUCGCUGGUGGACUGUCGAUUGUCGGGAUUACUGUGUUUUGGCGCUUCUCUUCGCUGUGUCAGUCGUCGCCGGUGGCAGCGCUGACAGCCAAGAGAUGUCUCGGGAUCAUCUUCUUGACAGGCAGCGUUAUUGGGGCAGGAGAUGGUCUCAUCAUCAACCAGUUCGCCCGAGGAGAGGGCAUCUCAGAGAAAGCAAGGGAGGUUGCUAAGAAGGCGGGAUUGGGACAUCUGGUCAUGGCACUGCCCAUUCUGGCUCUCGGGCUCUCUUGUUUCUUCAUCUGA